GAAUUAUUGAGGAUUUCCCUAUCUAUAUCAUCCUACUAUACACUUCGAGUUGCGAUUUUGUUCUUUGAUAACACCGCUCUAGUGAAUUGGAGCCGCUGAUGUUGAAGCAGAGAUGCCCAGCUGGAGGAACGGGACAAGUGGGGUAUAUAAACCUGCGGGGUCUCCCCGGGAAAAGGCAGCCUUCAGUUUCCAGCCUUACACAUGGAUGAUGCAUGAACCCAUAUACAAAACCCACCACCCCCAAACAAGAUGACAUACCAGCUCUCAAUCACUGUCUUCGGAUUAGGCGAUGACCCAAAUCAUCGCUCGCAUUGGGGUUUCACAAUCCGCCAACCAUCUACUCGUAUUAUCGACCUCCUCCAUGUCCGACUCAUAGAUUUGGACAAACUCUGGUACCAAUUCGAGCCCCGGCUCGGAACAGACCUAGCCGACCUAGCCACCAUGCAGGCUGUGGGGAUGUGUCGGUUAGCAGAAUUAGAUCAUCAGCAACGCCAGCAGGUCAUUCAAGUGAUCGGUAAUGAGCCUGCACCAAGGGACGGUGCACGAAGAUGCCAGGAUUGGGUGUUCAGUACGUUGAUUGCUCUGGAAGUUGAGGAGCUGGUUCCACCAGGGACGUCUGAAAUCUGGAAGGGGAUGGUUGGUAGGCCGGCGGCUAAGGUUGAGAUGGCCGUUGGGGAUGACUGGACAGAGUUUGGAUGCUUAUGAGAGCUUCAGGUUGGAGCAAACGUGGGAUGACUGUGUGUAGGCAGAGUGUUCAUGCCUGAGUGUAUGUACAGGUGUCAUUUGACGAUGAUGUGGCUUGUUUCUGGGCUUCCUGUAGGUAGAUGGAAGUUGACAGCUUAUACUUUGAAAAGAAGGAAAUUCCUUUGGCCACAUUAUAUAUAUAUAUACCCC